CCUCGUUGGGCGCUUCCCGUGUCGACCUGGUCUCCAUCGACAACCGGCAACCGCAACCGGCAACCCUGGCGACCACGUGCCUCCGCGACACCAGUCCUCCAGUCGUCAAGGCAGGGCCGGUCGACCAGUCGCAGGCUGCCUGGCGUGAGCAACGUCUGAUCGACGAACUGGUGGAGACGCGUCGGGAACUGCAACAGUUGCGUCGAUCACGCAGUCUGAUCGACAACAGCGUUGAGCAACGCUCGGGGCUGGCGCCACGGCAACAAGCGUCGAGCCAACAGCAACAUCAAGCCACCCUGACGCGCCAGAUCCAGCCGAGUCUGUCGAGCCAGCCGGCAGCCACGGUUGUCACCCAGUCGACGCAGUACCUGAACGAGCCCGUCUGGACGACGAGGACUCUGAGACGCUCAGCACUCGGAUCUGGCUUGACGACUGGAAGCUUUCAGAUUGACGUUGACACCGGCACAGGCAUCCAGUCCGCCUCGGAUCCAUCUCCGCGUCGAAGACGAGGCGGCCAGUGGCUCGUCGAAAGUUCGGACCCUUUCAGGCUUGUCCAACUUUUCUUCGUUUGGGCUCUUAUUUUGGGCUGGUCGCCGCUUUCACGACUCUGA